AUGUUGCAGUUUCGUCGUAUGAGUCUUAACCAGUACGCUACAGGGAUGCCCAGUAUGUUUCACUUUGAAGAAGAAGAAGAUUUCUACAUCAACAACACCUCACAGAUGGAAAGCAAUAAUAGCAGCAAUGUCACAUCCCACUACUAUCAUUAUAACUACACCUACAAUGAUUAUAAUUAUACCGACUAUGAUUUUUGCAACUCCUAUUUUGACAAAGAAAUUCUAUUCAUCUUGAAUGUGGUUACAUGUGUAAUCAUUAGUAUCGGCCUUCCUUUGACUCUAGUGGCCAUCUACUCUCUUUAUUCCCAGGUGCAAAAGAACAAUGUUGCUCCAAUCUACAUCAUCAACCUCCUCAUCUCUGACAUCAUUCAGCUCUGCUACAUGAUAUUCUUAGUGGCAAAUCCUGUGGACUGGAAGAUCUAUAAAAUCUUCUUUUAUAUUUACUGCUUUGGUGGGGUGAGCAGUGUUGGCUUCAUGGUCUGUGUCGCCCUGGAAAGGUAUUUGCUCAUCGCAUGGCCACUGUGGUACCGCUUCAGAAGAACUAUCAAGAUCUCUCUUGCAGUCUGUGUCAUGGUCUGGACCCUUCCUCUUGUUUUUGUCCUUCCUCACUAUUAUUGGGAUGAUUAUAGGGUCACAAACACCAUUACCGCCGUCUUCUUCCUCGUUCCUUUCCCACUGCUCAUAUUCUUCUUGGGUGGGACCCUUAAAGCCUUGUCUGCAGCCAUCUCGGUCUCCUCUGAUGAAAAACUACGAAUUGUGGGAAUGUUGGUCCUGGUGCUGCUCAUCUACACACUGCUGUUUCUACCCAACAUCAUCUGGUACCUGGUAGAAGAAGCCAGAUAUAAUGAUACCUUCUACAAUCUGAGGUUCUCGCCUCUUAGGUUCAGUCCUCUUGCAGACUUGAUUCUGUAUGUUUUCAUCAGAAAAGGGACCAUAGGCAAGCUUUUGGCCUCUCUGUGUUGGUGCAGAAUGGACAGUGGUGAUAACAGCAGAUCAUCAGCAUGA